UCUUCCUGAAGAAAUUCUCGCUGGACAAACUUUGAGGUUGGACCCGAUUUUUUUGAUCUUGCACAGGGAGAUAACAAGACGCAGACAGUCAAUCGGUCACGAAUAGUGCUCGCUUCCCCUAUCAUCGUCAUCAACAGCGCAACACAUACAUGAUAAGACGCUAAGAAGCGUUCGUUCUCAAUCAGUCAACUAAUCUGUUCUCAGAAAUGACCACUAUCAAUAACAACAUUGCCACUGAUCCGGCGCAAGAAACUAUCGACCCGCGCUCCUAUGAUGAUCUCCUGGCAGUAUCGAGUUUCAUUAGAUCCCAGCUAGGUGAUAGGGCACAUGCUGAAGUUGGCAUCAUUUAUGGAUCCGGACUGGGGCCAAUUGCUGAGCUCAUUGAGAGCCCCAGCGUUCUACCCUACGAGAAAAUUCCUGGAUUUCAUGCAGCCCAAGUCAUUGGUCACAAAGGCAACCUGCUUUUUGGAAAGAUGAAUGGAAAGGACGUAGUGUGCAUGCAAGGACGAUUUCAUCCAUUUGAGCAUCAUAUGGACCUCGCUUUGUGCUCAUUUCCUGUGAGAGUCAUGCAGCAGUUAGGUGUAAAAAUUUUACUUGUGACGAAUGCUGCUGGUGGUAUCAAUCCAAAUUUCAAACAUGGAGAUCUCAUGCUCAUCAAGGAUCAUAUCUUUAUGCCUGCACUUUGCGGAUUCUCUCCUAUGGUUGCACUGAAUGAUCCUCGUUUCGGGGCAAGAUUCGUGUCAAUGCAUGAUGCUUACGACAAGUCUCUAAGGAACUUAGCCAAACAAAUCGCUGAGAAAAACAAUAUACAUUUAUUCGAAGGUGUCUACGUAAUGACUGGCGGUCCUCUAUACGAGACACCUGCAGAGGUGUGCAUGUUCAGACAUGUUGGCGGAGACGCUUUCGGCAUGUCUACCUGUCAUGAAGUGGCAGUCGCUCGCCAGUGCGGUAUCAAAGUGAUCGGAUUGUCUCUGAUCACGAAUAUAUGUAACACCGAUGCUGACACCUCCUUAGAUGUAACCCAUAUGGAAGUCCUUCAAACUGCUGAAAAAGCCAUGGAUCACACUUGUAAUUUCAUAAAGGAACUUGUCGGGCGUUUCCCAUCUCUUUAGUUCACAUUACGACUUAGAUUUGAUAUAAUUUGGUAGUGCCUUCCAACUCUUGUGCUCAUAAUACUUUCCUUUUGCUUGAUUAAAGUUCACUUGCCCUUCUAUAUAUCAUUUGGCAGUGCUGAUUAUAGCAUACUCUGGCGCCACCGGUCCCGCUCGGACCGUAUGUCUGAAUUUGCCUCUUGGAUGUGUGAUACAGAGCGUCUUAUGGCUUACCGUUCUACUCCUUCCUUCAUUUUGCUCUAUUUAUUCCCUUACUGCAUCCUCUCGUCUUUCUUCCUGCUUCUGCUCCGAGUCUGAGCAGCGCUUCUGCUGUAUCCGUAGUGAUAUUGCCUUCCUUCUCGGCCGCCUUGCUUCGUGACACUACAUUUCACCGCAAAAUGUAAAUGAUCUUUACCGGCCCCGCCCUCUUCCAUUCGAAC